GGAUGACUGAACCUCAGCCGCUGUGAAAAAGACACUUGUGUGGACCUACCAGGGUUAAAGGAGCUGGAUGCAAGGAAUCCCUAACUGCUAGCACCACUACAUCCCCCAUGCUCUAUGCCAGAAGACUUCACCAGAAGGUGUACACUGUGGCAGAAAGAGGCACUCAUGGCUGUUUUAGGGCCACAUAUAGGUGUGUUUGGAAUUUAAGCAGAGGAAAGUCUGGAUAAAGGGUUACCAUGGAUAUAGGACGCCGGCGCAGAAAAGACUCUGAUGGAAGCAGCGAUGAGAGACGCUCAUUGUCUGAGAGUUUCUCUGAGGGAACAUCAAAAUUUUUUAGUUCGGUCAUAGCGAAGAAGAACGGUUUAUUCAGUGAUAUUUCUUCCAAAUUCGAGACGACAUUUCUGAAGACAAGUAGCAGUGAAAGUAGUUUGGAUGGUGGUAAUGAGGAUAUGUCCACAACUCCACAGACUUACAAUGACAACACAGGCAGUUCCAAACCUAAAGUUAGACCAGGAUCUGCGGGCCAGAAAAAGUUUGGGCCAAGACCAAAUAGAAAUGGCCCGAGAAACGAGGGUGAAAAGAAGGUGAUCCACCCCCCAAAUGAGAUGACAAAUUGUCGUGGGGACUGGCAAGGUGACAUUAGUUCGACAGCGGGUACAUAUCCAGACAGUGGGGUGGAGAUUCCCGCAGGGAUUAACAUGAGUUUUGAUGAGCCACUCUACAACGGACGAGGCUCGGACAGUUUGGUGAGUUCGCGGAAGGACAGCUACCCCAAGGCCAGCGACUCUGAGGCGGUUGUGUCCCCACCGUGGGAGAAUGGUCAGCACACCCAGGGUGCGGGAAGUUACGACCUGUCCAGUCAGAGUGGCCAGAGUACGUCGAGUGGAGAGCCUGACACCAGUCUCUCCAACUACCCACAGGACAGUGCAGACGUUCAUGUGGAUAAACGCAAGGGAAAAUUCACCAAGCUUCGACGCCGUUCCAGCACUGUAGACGAAAUGCUCUUCGAUGACUUUGUGGAAGACGAGGUUGUAGAAGAGGUGGAGGUUUUCCCAGACGGGACAGAGGUCGAAACCAACAAGCCAAUUAAAACACUCCUACCUUUUGGUACAACUCCAGGCCUGCCAGCUGUUCCCAGCCAGAGCAGCUUUGAGUCGGCCUCAGAGCAGGAACUCAAAGGUUACUUCAGCACCAGUGUUGAUUCGUCAGACGCUGAAUUUGGAGGGGUCGUCUUCCACAGGUCCACAUCCAUGGGGUCGGAAAAGUCUUGGAGCUCAACAUUCAGCACGGACAGUCAGCCGGACGAGGUGACCCGUGAGUGUAUGAGCUUCAUGAAGAGCUUCGUGGAGAAGAUCUUCAACCCAGAGGAAGAGAUUUCACAGACAUUAAAAGCUAAAUUUGGAGAGAUGACUCAGGAGUCGCCAGGAAGAUUGUGGUUUGCCAGAUAUGUUAAUACACAGAGAGUCAACAGUAAGAACGUUGAUGAGAGGAUAUUUUUCCGUCUGGUCCAGUAUUUUGCUCUCGUUUUGUUUGAGUGUAACGAAGCUGAAGAUUUCUCCCCAGCCAAAUCUCUAAUGAACAUGUGUUUCACAUUUUAUCAUGAGGGUAAGUCAUCUAAUGGUAAAAAGAUGAAGUUUUUCCUGUACAGCUACCUCAAAGAUCAGCCCAUCUGGCAGUCCAUACGCUUCUGGAGUGCUGCUUUCUUUGACGCAGUUCAGUGCGAGCGUGCGCGGAAACCUGUGUGUACAAGUGAGGAUGGCAAUGAUGAAAGAACGGAUGACCGGCAGUUUCAGGAAAAUAUCACGUUUGGUCAGUUGGGGACCUUCACAUGCAAUAUGCGAGCAUUUGGACUGAGCCGAGAGUUAUGUUUGGAAUUUCUGAGGAAGCAGUGUACAAUAGCCAACCUCCGAGAAGAACAAGUUCAGAUGUUGAAAGACAACGUGGAGAAAUGGAAGGACGCUCAUUAAUGGUGGGGCAAUGAAAAGACGUCCAGUAAUGUGGCAAAGGAUCUGGGCUUAUCAUGGAUGUUCAUGCAUGUUAACAAAUAUAAGUAGACUUUUUCAUGAUUUAAUCAAAUGGAAGCGGAUCAAUACAAUCUUGUGAAUGGUGGAUGAACAGG